AUGAAGGACACGGAGCUCGAAGACUGGCCACCCAAAUUCUGGAAGUUUCAUCUGGAGACAGACACGAAACCUUCAGUCAAAGUCGCCUACACAGAUGCACGUCGCUUCGGGCGAGUUCGCCUGGUGGACUGCCCCGGAGAAGACAUCAGACAGUACUCACCUCUUGUCGAGAAUGGUCCGGACCCGGUCAAUGACCUCGACAUUUUCACCGAGCAAUACUUGCGGGACAAGAUGCGCUCACGGAGGGUACCAGUGAAAGCCUUGCUGCUGGACCAGACCACCAUUAGUGGUAUUGGCAACUGGGUAGCAGACGAGGCACUCUAUCAGGCGAAGCAACACCCGGAGCAAUAUUGCAAUACGUUCAACGAUGAGGAGAUCAAAACUCUCUUCGACUCAAUCCGAUACGUGUGUCAAACAGCCGUCGAUCACCUUGGAGAUUCGGAUGCCUUUCCCGAACACUGGCUUUUCAACCACAGAUGGGGCAAAGGAUCGAAGGAGGAGGCUUCCCAGCAUCCAAACGGGGAGAAGUUGGCGUUCAUCACAGUUGGCGGCAGAACCAGCUGCUACGCUCCCGAAAGACAAAAGAAAACCGGCAAAGUGGAACCCAAAGCUGAGGACACAAAUGCUGGUGUUGAAGCAGCAAAACAGUCGGGGAAGCGGACGCGGAAAAGGUCGCAGGUCAAACUUGCAGACGGAGAAAAAGGGGAUGGUGCCGAUGUGAACACCACUGCACCUGAGCUUGGGCCACCUGCCAAGAAAAGCAGGGAAGCACCCCCAUCUGAAGCUGGCGAUCUCGUCGUCAAGCCGUCACGGAAAGGAUCGAAAAUCAAGUCAGAAGCUGCAGAUGGGACAGGUACCGCACCGCGGUCAUCGCGACGCAAGCCGGAUACGACAAUAGACACGACCUCGACCAACAUGGUUCCAGAACCACAGCGUGGUGCGGGUGGCCGCAGAAAGUCCGCAAGGCUUCAGUAG